GACAGUUCUAUGUUUUUUUUUCAGUACAGUGCUUCAAACUACAGGAAAAAGGUCCCAAAAUGGGCAGCUAGAAUUCUAGACAAUUAUGGCUUGCUUUUCCUUUGGCCUUGUGGUAGUUACGUGAGUACAGUUUUAAUGGAGCAAGUAACUGUAAUGGAGAAUGUGCAGUACCAAGCAUUCAGCUUAGCUGGAGCAUGCCAGGUUCCAUUUCAUUCUUCAUCAGAAUAAAUUGCCAUGAUUGGCUAGCAAAUAUCAGUAGUUUCUUCUUUGGGUGGUCGUUGAAAUUGGCCAUGACCAUGCUGCGGCGAGCUAUGGCGGCAUUCUGGUUGUGGUUGCUGCUUGCGGUCGUGGCGAGUACCGCUGCCUCAGGGAUGAAGGUUCCGGCAAUCUUUGUGUUUGGCGACUCCACUGCUGAUGUGGGGAACAACAACUACUUGCCAGGGAGCAGCGCAAGGGCAGACUUCCCUCACAACGGCAUCGACCUCCCCUCUGGCGAGCUGAGGGGCAGGUUCAGCAAUGGCCUUAUUGGUGUCGACUUCUUGGCUGCCGACCUGGGUUUCAGCAGGAGCCCGCCCUCGUACCUUGCUCUCAUCGUCGCCAACAGCAGUGGCGGCGGUGAGGCGAUGAGCAACACGACGAAGAAGACCAUGGGUGUUGCUGCCUCCAUUAGAGGAGCCAACUUUGCUUCUGGAGGCUCUGGUAUUCUUGACUCCACGGGAGCUACGAUUAAUAUGACGAAGCAGAUCGAGUACUUCUCGGAUCUCAGAGACCAGAUGUCAGCCAGAUUGGGCGCCAACCGAGCAUCGACAGUGCUGUCAAAGUCCAUCUUCCUCAUCAGCGCAGGCGCGAACGAUGUCUUCGACUUCUUCUUGCAGAACACCUCAUUAGACGCCAACGCGCUCCAGCAGUUCCGCGAAGCCGUGGUCUCCACUUAUGAUAGCCAUGUCAAAACAUUGUACAAUAUAGGGGCAAGGAAGUUCGCGGUGAUCGACGUGCCGAUGAUUGGGUGCUGCCCGUACUGGAGGAGCCGGAACCCGACCGGGGAAUGCCUCGAGCCGCUGAACCGGCUGGCCUCCAAGCUCAAUGAAGGCAUCCGGGACCUGUUCGGCGACCUCGGCUCCAAGAUGCAGGGCAUGAACUACUCCAUCGGCAGCUCCUACGAGCUGGUCUCCAGCCUGAUCGAAGACCCACUGUCUGCAGGGUUUACAGAGGUGAAGAAAGCAUGCUGUGGCGGUGGCAGGUUUAACGCCGAGGAAGGGUGCACUCCCAGCUCCAGCUGUUGUAGUGAUCGGGGAAAGUUUGUGUUUUGGGACCUCCUGCACCCUACCCAGGCAACUUCGAGGUUGGCCGGCCGGGCGUUCUACGACGGUCCGGCGCGGUUCGUCGGUCCGAUCACCUUCAGGCAGCUUGCUGAGGCAUAGCGUUGCAGCAUCGAAGUCCAGAACCUGGAUUGGAGCAAGGCGUAAGAAAGAUGAUAUCCCCUUAUAUUCGACUUGCAAUGUGGUUUUCUUUUGGGAAGAGAAGUGAUUGCCGAAGUACCAAUCCCAGAUGUGGUACCCAUGGCAGCAUGGGGUUUCAUCCAAAUAUUGGCUCGCCAAUGUUUGGGCAAAGUCGAAUAGAUUGGGUACGAAGUUCCCCUGCCAGUUUUUUUUUUCCCUUUUUUGAAAUCCUCUUCCAGACAACUUCCAUUUUCUUGGGCAGUUUCGGCCAUUCCCAAACAAGAUGAUAUGGAAAGCUCCCUCUGUUGUGCUGUGGCCUGUGGGAGUAUGAUGCAAAAACUAACAUUUACAUCAUAAUUGGCCAAAACAAAUAGUCUCCAACAGGUGAGGUAUAGUUAUAUGAGUUGAUUUUUC